AUGGGAAAAAAGACUCUUUUGCUUCUGAUGGUGGGAGUCCUCCUGGCAUAUUAUGCUUACACACCUUUCCCAGAUAAUGUCGAAGAGCGGUGGAAACUGAUGUAGAUAUCCGCACAUACGAAAAUCGUAAUAGAUUUGGCUCGAUUUGCUGAACAAUUGGGAAUCAGCAGUUUACUGAAUGCUGCAAAGUUCGUUCUGAGCUUUCAAGAAGUCCCACCCACAUCUGAUGACAAUGUCACUGUGACAGACACAACUUUCAACAACAUUCCAGUUCGUGUAUAUGUGCCAAAGCGAAAGUCAGAAACACCAAGAAGGGGUUUAUUUUAUAUUCAUGGUGGUGGUUGGUCUAUGGGGAGUGCUGCUAUGUUUGCUUAUGACCUUCUGUCAAGGCAAACAGUUGAUAGACUUAAUGCUGUUGUGCUAUCAACCAACCACAGACUAGCACCUGAAUAUCAUUUUCCAAUUCAAUUUGAAGAUGUAUAUACUGCAUUAAGGUGGUUCUUACACCAAGAUGUUCUUGAAAAAUAUGGUGUAAAUCUUGGUAGAGUCGGUAUUUCUGGAGACAGUGCUGGUGGGAAUUUAGCUGCAGCAGUGACUCAACAGCUCUUAGAUGAUCCACUUGUCAAGACCAAACUCAAGAUUCAGUCUCUGAUUUAUCCACCUCUUCAGGCUCUUGAUAUGGAUUUGCCAUCAUAUUGGGAAAACACACAUUUUCUAUUUCUGACUAAAUCAUUCAGGGCUCGGUUGUGGAGCGAGUGUUUUACCACAGACAGUUCCCUUGAAAAAGCCAUGCUGUCCAAACAACACGUACCAGUGGAAUCAAGCCACCUGUUCAAAUUUGUUAAUUGGAGUUCCUUGCUCCCUGAGAGGUUUAAGAAAGGUCACAUUUAUAAGAAUCCAACUCCCAGUAGAUCUGAACUGGCUAAAAAAUAUCCAGGGUUCCUAGAUGUGAGAGCUUCACCCUGGCUGGCUGAUGACAGCAAGUUGUGUAAUUUACCCCUGACCUAUAUCAUCACCUGUCAAUAUGACGUCUUAAGAGAUGACGGACUCAUGUAUGUCACCUGACUUCAGAAUGCUGGCAUUCAGGUGACCCAUAACCACACAGAGGCUGCUUUCCACACAUCACUUUAUCAAUAUUGUCAUCAUUAUUUUAAACUCCCCUAUCAAAAACUUAUCAGACGUCAUUGCUAA